CUGUACUGGCUGGUGGCAGUGCUGCGGGAAAUAUUUUACGUCCUCUUAUUUUAUUCGAUGGAAAAAUGCACAUGGCAUCGCGAUAUCUCGGGACGAAAGACCGAUGUUGGUUGUGAAUAAAUCGCUCGGGGGUGAUGGAUACUGACAUUUUUCUGGAAUAUUUUGAAAAAGAGGUCCUUCCUGCAAUGAUUGCUCCAAAGAAUCUGCUGAUGGUGGACGGCCAUAAUUCGCAUGUGUACAAUGAGGAGUUUUUGCUGCGUUGCGUCAAAUCGGAGAAGAAUAUUCGGGUCGUAAUAUUUCCAGCCGGCCAAACUAGCAAGACCCAGCCGCUCGAUUCAAAGGUAUUUGGACCGGUUAAGCGUUGCUGGAAAAAUGUUCUACGCGAGAGGAAUUUAAACACCAGUGCGAACGAGAUUACGCAGCAGAAUUUUGCCACCGAACUCAUGGAAAAUUGGGAGAAAUUUAACAUGUCAACUAAUAUUAAGUCCGAUUUUCGUGAAGCAGGCAUUUUCCCCUACGAUCCCGCCGUUGUUUGCAAAGAUUUCCUUGGAUUUGUUACUUCGGUAGAGCCGGUUCCCACGAUAAAGCCAAGUGAAAUAUACGCUAGAGAGUUUGAGUCAAUCCGCGCCGGUUACCGCAGGAUUCAUCUUUUUUCCGACUGGCAAAUCGACCAGAUUAUUGAAAAAUCAAAGCAAGUUUCGGACGGUGUCAUUCCGACGGUGUCGCCGAAACGCGCCGCAGUGGAGUUCAAAGACAAACUUUGUGGCGGACGAGCGGUCAAACGACGAUAUGAGAAAGACUCGAGAUUGUGUACUGUCAAAGGCGCUAUUGCAACAGAAUCAGCUUUCCUGGACGCUUUGGAAGAAAGAAGCGAGAAGAGACGUCGCCCGGUUAAAUGCACUAAGAACCCAAUGAAAAAAUAAUGUGAUAAUAUGCUAGGAAAGUGCACUCGCUUUUUGCGGGCACUGCAUGACCGAAUCGUAGUAUGUCUAUGCGUCUAAACUGGAAUAGUUUGGGCAGAACCUCUAAUGGUAAAGCAGCUAAUUUCAAUACAACAGCACUUACAGAUUGCCUAUGUAAUCGGGUAAGCCAUCUAUGUAACACAAAA